AUGAAGCAGCUACUUGGUGACAAGUACCACUCCUUUGAUGCUGAGCUCUUCAAACAGCUGUUCUACCAGCGGCUUCCCCCCGCCAUACAACGCAGCCUAUUCAGCGUCAAGGACAACCUGCACCCCAACGCCAUUGCUACGCUCACAGAUGACUACAUGGCUACCUUACCCUCCUCGCAAGCCUCUUCAGUCUCUGCCGUCUCGUCUGGCUCAUCUCACAGCAGCCAAAUGACUCACCUCACCGAGCUCGUUUCUCAGCUAACUACUGAAGUUGCUCAGCUCAAGCAGCAGCUUCGAGACCGCCCACGCUCUCGGUGGAUCAGUCUUCGCCGCCGCCAGCACCGUUCCCGCUCCAGCAGUCCUGGGUUGUGCUGGUAUCACCAGAAGUUUGGCGAGAAAGCUCUCAAGUGCACUGCUCCCUGCACCAAGUCGUCAAACUUCAAAGGCGAGCAGUGA